AUGGCUCAGCGGUUUUCUGGGCCAGGGCCGAGCCCUGGAGGGCCUGGGGGUCCACCACCUCAACGAUAUCCGCCUCCACAAAACGCUGGAAUGCGCCAGUAUCCAGGCCCAAAUUUUCCGCCAAGAACAGGAUAUACACCACCUCCUAACAUGGGAACCAGUGGAGGCAGUAUGAUGCAACGUCCACCACAGCAGCCAUACAGCCCAAUGAGAGGAGGCCCUAUGCCUCCACAACCUGGAGUUAAGAGACCAGCUGAUGUUCGAGGAGCAAUGCAGCAGAAAGGUGAAUACAUGCAUAGCAGUAAGAAGAAAAAGAAAUUGGCUGAUAAAAUAUUGCCUCAGAAAGUCAGAGAUUUGGUGCCUGAAAGUCAGGCUUAUAUGGAUUUGUUGGCAUUUGAGAGGAAGCUGGAUGCUACAAUUAUGCGUAAAAGGUUGGAUAUUCAGGAAGCACUAAAGAGACCUAUGAAACAAAAAAGGAAGUUGAGAAUUUUUAUUUCUAACACUUUUUAUCCUAGCAAGGAUGCUAGUGCUGAUGGUCCUGAAGGACCAGGACAAGAAGGUUCAGUUGCAUCUUGGGAGUUGCGUGUGGAAGGCAGAUUGUUAGAUGAUUCCAAGAAUGACCCGAAUAAAGUUAAAAGGAAAUUUUCUUCUUUCUUUAAAUCAUUGGUCAUUGAACUUGAUAAGGAACUCUAUGGGCCUGAUAAUCACUUGGUAGAGUGGCAUCGUACUUUAACUACUCAAGAAACAGAUGGUUUUCAGGUAAAAAGGCCAGGUGAUAAGAAUGUGAGAUGCACAAUUCUACUAUUACUGGACUAUCAACCUUUACAAUUCAAACUUGAUCCGAGAUUGGCACGUCUUUUAGGUGUUCACACUCAAACUCGACCGGUUAUCAUCAGUGCUUUAUGGCAGUAUAUUAAAACGCACCGUCUCCAAGAUUCUCACGAAAGGGAGUACAUAGUGUGCGACAAGUACUUGGAGCAAAUCUUCGCUUGCAAUCGUAUGAAAUUUGCGGAAAUACCGCAGCGAUUGAACCCGUUGUUACAUCCUCCAGAUCCGAUCGUUAUAAAUCAUGUUAUAUCUGUCGAAGGUGGAGGUGAUAACAAACAAACUGCAUGCUAUGAUAUUGAUGUUGAAGUCGACGACACACUCAAGACGCAAAUGAAUAAUUUCUUGUUGAGCACCGCGAGUCAGCAGGAAAUCCAAGGACUGGACUCAAAGAUCCACGAGACGGUGGAUACAAUCAAUCAGUUGAAAACGAAUCGCGAAUUCUUCCUGAGCUUCGCCAAAGAUCCUCAGCAGUUCAUACACAAAUGGAUCGUUUCGCAGACGCGCGAUCUCAAAGCUAUGACCGAUGUGGUGGGUAAUCCUGAGGAAGAACGACGAGCGGACUUCUUCCAUCAACCCUGGGCGCAAGAAGCCGUAUGUCGUUACUUCUACACCAAGGUUCAACAGAAGAGAGCAGAGUUGGAGCAGGCCCUUGGAAUACGUAAUAAUUAAAUAUUUUAAUACAUAUACUUGGACUAAAAUAAAUUGAACAGAGCGGAACAUUUUCGCUUCGAAUAUAUAAUAUUAAUCUAGACUUAAUAUAUGAUUAAAAUAUGACAUUUAUUCCAUUAACAAUUGGAAACAAUUUAUUUUUUAUUAAUUUUCAUAGUAUAAUAGGGAGUAAGGAAUUCAUUAAAUAAAAGCG